CCCUCCCCUCCCCGCCCACGUGAGCACGUCUAGGUUCCUCCUCUUAGGCCGGGCUUUCGGGAAUCCUCUCUGCUAGUUCUGCGCAAGCCCGAGUCUUAGGCCCCGCCCCGCUCCCAGUCUGACUGUCUUCCCUGGAGAACCUGGCCAACCAUGGUGAAUUUGGGCCUGUCCCGAGUGGAUGACGCAGUGGCCGCCAAGCACCCGGGACUCGAGGAAUAUGCCGUGUGCCAGUCGAGCGCCUUCAUGAAGGGCGUUUUCACCUUUGUCACAGGCACUGGAGCGACCUUCGGUCUGCAGCUGUUCAUUAAGCGGAAGUUUCCAUACCCUUUCCAGUGGAGCUUCCUGGUGUCUGCCGUUGUAGGAUCUGUGGCCAGCUACAAGGUGACAAGAAUGGAGUCUCAGAAAUGCAGAGAUCUCUGGCUCUUCCUGGAGACAGGGAAACUCCCCAAAGACAUGGGCACAGAUCGUCGCAACUAGAAGAGCUCUGGCUGCUGGGGUGUGAAGGAUCUGAUGCAGGGGAAAUCCUGGAGCACAGACUCUGACACCAUCUAACUCCAGGCUGACCCUUCGUACUUCACCAAACACACACACACACCCUUGAGUUUCGUCACCUGUCCUCUACACGUGUGCAUGGGCAAGCCCGCCUGACAGCCUGUGAUGCCAUUGCUGCCCCAAAUCCAGGACUUGCCAGGAGCCCAGUUCAGAAAAGGGCUUGGGAGAGGGGGUCUCCUCCGGAGCGGCAGGAAGCAGGGUGUCAGAGAGGGCUGUCUGUGUCCUGCCGCUCACAACCGUGGAGGCAGCAAUCCAAAGUGGUGAAAGAGACUUGUGUAUCGUCUCCAGUGUUUUGGGGUCCCUUUUCUGACCUCUGUGACCCAAGUCCAAGGAUAAUUAUGGAGGGUUGUGGCUAAUAAAUGGUUUGUCCUUUU